GCCGCUUCCCAGCCGCUUGCUCCGGGCGGCCUCGCGGGGCCCGGAGCUCUGCCCGGGGAGCGCCGCCAGCAUGCUGCAGAAGCGGGAGAAGGUGCUGCUCCUGAGGACCUUCCAGGGCCGGACGCUGCGGAUCGUGAGGGAGCACUACCUGCGGCCCAGCGUGCCCUGCAACAGCCCGCUCUGCCCGCAGCCCGCCAUCUGCCGCAACGAUGGGAAACUCUUGUCUAGUGACGUGACUCAUUACAUGAUCCCAGAUUGGAAAGUCGUUCAAGAUUACCUCGAGAUCCUUGAGUUUCCUGAAUUGAACGGAAUUAUUUUCAUGCAAACGGCUUGUCAAGCUGUGCAGCAUCAAAGAGGCCGGAGACAGUAUAACAAAUUGCGAAAUCUCCUGAAGGAUGCGCGUCAUGAUUGUGUUCUCUUCGCUAAUGAAUUCCAGCAGUCCUGCUAUCUCCCUCGGGAAAGAGGGGAGUCCAUGGAGAAGUGGCAGAGCAGGAGCAUCUACAAUGCAGCCACUUGGUACUAUCACCACUGCCAAGACAGGAUGCCAAUCGUUAUGGUGACAGAAGAUGAAGAGGCAAUUCAGCAGUAUGGAAGUGAAACGGAAGGAGUGUUUGUGAUUUCCUUCAAGAAUUACCUGGACAAUUUUUGGCCUGAUUUAAAGGCCACCCACGAGCUUUGUGAGUCUAUCCUUCAGUCUCGACGAGAAAGAGAGAAUGAGAGUCAGGAGAGCCACGGGAAGGAGUACCCAGAACAUCUACCCCUGGAAGUGUUAGAAGCCGGCAUUAAGUCUGGGCGCUACAUCCAGGGAACUCUGAACGUCAACAAACACAGAGCACAAAUAGAAGCUUUUGUUCGACUUCAAGGAGCCAGCAGUAAAGAUUCAGGUCUAGUCAGUGACAUCCUAAUCCACGGGAUGAAGGCUCGAAACCGCUCUAUUCACGGGGACGUGGUAGUUGUCGAACUGCUCCCUAAAAAUGAAUGGAAAGGAAGAACCACCGCCCUGGGUGAGAAUGACGGCGAGUCCCCGAGUGAGCCCAUGCCCACAGGCAGAGUGGUGGGUAUCCUUCAGAAGAACUGGCGGGAUUAUGUGGUGACAUUUCCAUCCAAAGAAGAGGUCCAAUCGCAGGGCAAAAAUGCUCGGAAAAUCCUAGUUACACCUUGGGAUUACAGAAUUCCCAAAAUCCGAAUUAGCACUCAGCAAGCAGAAGCCCUCCAGGACUUCCGGGUGGUUGUGCGCAUUGAUUCCUGGGAGUCGACAUCGAUGUAUCCAAGUGGACAUUUUGUGCGUGUUUUAGGAAGAAUCGGAGACCUGGAAGGGGAAAUUGCAACCAUCCUGGUGGAGAACAGCAUUUCAGUUGUCCCCUUCUCAGAAGCUCAGAUGUGUGAGAUGCCAGUAAACACAGCCGAAAAUCCCUGGAAGGUGAGUUCUGAAGAGGAACGAGAACGUAAAGACCUUAGGAAAACCCAUCUGGUAUUCAGCAUUGACCCCAGAGGUUGUGAAGAUGUGGACGACACCCUCUCAGUCAGAGCCUUGGAUAACGGCAACCUAGAGCUCGGGGUCCACAUCGCAGACGUGACGCACUUUGUGACAUCGCAUUCUUAUAUUGAUAUUGAAGCUAGAACAAGGGCCACCACUUAUUACUUAGCGGACCGUCGCUAUGACAUGCUGCCCUCCAUCCUCAGCGCUGAUGUGUGCUCCCUCCUGGGAGGCGUUGACAGGUAUGCUGUAAGCAUCAUGUGGGAAUUGGAUAAAACCUCCUAUGACAUUAAGAAAGUAUGGUAUGGCAGAACCAUUAUUCGAUCAGCAUACAAACUAUUUUAUGAAGCAGCCCAAGAAUUACUGGACGGAAACGUCGACAUUGUUGAUGAUAUUCCAGAAUUCAGGGACAUGGAUGAGAAGAGCCGACAAGCCAAGCUAGAGGAGUUACUGUGGGCAAUUGGAAAGUUGACGGACAUAGCCCGCCACAUCCGAGCCAAACGAGACCGAUGCGGAGCCCUGGGGCUGGAAGGGGUAGAGGUUCGCAUCCAGCUCGAUGAGAAGAAGAACAUUCACGACCUCAUCCCCAAGCAGCCCCUGGAAGUCCAUGAGACGGUGGCUGAAUGCAUGAUCCUGGCCAACCACUGGGUAGCCAAGAAGAUCUACGAGAGCUUCCCUCGCCAGGCCUUGCUGCGCCAGCACCCUCCUCCACACCAGGAGUUUUUUUCUGAACUCCGAGAGUGUGCUAAAGCAAAGGGCUUCUUCAUAGAUACACGGUCCAAUAAAGCACUGGCUGAUUCUCUGGAUAAUGCAAAUGACCCCAACGAUCCCAUUGUCAACUGGUUGCUUCGAUCAAUGGCUACACAAGCCAUGUCUAACGCACUGUAUUUCUCCACUGGAUCAUGUGCCGAGGAAGAGUUCCAUCACUAUGGUCUAGCAUUAGAUAAAUAUACUCACUUUACCUCUCCGAUAAGAAGAUACUCAGAUAUUAUAGUACACCGACUGUUAAUGGCAGCCAUUUCAAAAGAUAAGAAAAUGGAAAUUAAGGAAAAUUUGUUCAGCAACAAAGAUCUGGAGGAAUUAUGCAGACAUAUCAACAACAGAAACCGAGCAGCACAGCAUUCUCAGAAGCAGUCUACAGAGCUCUUCCAGUGCAUGUAUUUUAAAGACAAAGACCCAGAAACUGAGGAGCGUUGCAUAGCUGAUGGGGUUAUUUAUUCAAUUAGGACAAACGGUGUGCUUGUGUUUAUACCAAGGUUUGGGAUUAAAGGUGCUGCUUAUCUAAAAAAUAAAGAUGGUUUGGUGAUCUCAUGCAGCCCAGAUGGCCAUUCUGAAUGGAAACCAGGAUCCCUUCAACGAUUUCAAAACAAAAUCACCUCUACCACGACAGGAGGGGAAUCUGUUACGUUCCAUUUGUUUGACCACGUAACAGUGAGAAUAUCUGUACAGGCCUCACGUUGCCAUUCUGAUACAAUAAGGCUUGAAAUAAUAAGCAACAAACCAUACAUGAUGCCAGAUACAGAACUUUUUCAGCAGAGUUCCCUCUUGCUAAAGAGUGAUUUAGUGAAAGAAGUAACUAGAUCAAUGGAGGAAGCUCAGCUUGCUCAAGAAGUCAAAGUAAAUGUCAUUGAGAAAGAUUAUCAAAAAUAUUGCCAGACAAAGGGAAGAAGCCUGUACACACUUCUAGAGGAAAUAAGAGACCUGGCUCUCCUGGAUGUUUCCAACAGUUAUGGAAUAUGAAACUCUUCUUACUUCAUUAAAAGACCUUUGUCUUACAUGAAUGUUUUACCUUCUUUUAAACAUUAAGAUGUAAUUUUCUGCAUCACCCCAUGUCACCCAAUCCCUGAGUGGGAUUGGGUAGAUAUUUCAGAUAUUUGUGAAAUGUUUUCUUAUCAUUAAUUUAAGUUGCAUGAAAUAAAGUACAGUUAGGUCACUAUGGAAAGUGGUUUUUCAGAGAUAAGUAGAUACUGAAUCCUGGCUCUGCAAAUCAUGUUGCUGGUCCUGCUAAUAAACCCAGAAUUGACUUUUGGUUA